CGAAGCGCGCGGCGAGCCGUCAUCAUGUCGCAGGGUCAGGAACCUGUUUUUCCUGAGUAUGAGACUGAAACCAGCCAGACAUCCAAGCUGUUAAGGAAAUUUAAAGAGACCCCAUUUGUACCCAUUGGAAUGGCUGGCUUCGCCAUGGUGGUGGGGUACGGGCUGUACAGGCUGAAGCACAGGGGGGACAUGAAGAUGUCGCUUCACCUGAUCCACAUGCGAGUGGCGGCCCAGGGCUUCGUGGUCGGAGCGUUAACGUGUGGUGUGCUAUAUUCUAUGCUGCGGGACUAUGUGGAAAAACCCAAGGAGUAGAGGCAAAAUGAUUGGAAAACUGUCCUGGUGGUGGCCUGUGCACUGCAGCUAUAAACCUCACAUCGAGGGGUUCUUUAAGGGGGGAAAAAAAAAUACAUGGUGUUAGAGAAUUGUCCUAUAUCUAUAUUGUGUAUGGUACCUUGUUUUGAGGCUGUCAGUCUCAACAAUUGCACACAGGGGUAGUGGUUAUCCGGGACUGUGUUUUUUGGAUUGACGCUGCCCUAUCCCAAUUUAAGGGAUAGGGCAGAGUAUGAUCCAUUUAUCUUCCCCUUGGGUAUUAACUCGCUUAAAAUUGGUGACUUGUUUUGCUGCCAUUGCCCCAAAUGACAAAGUCUGAACUAUUUUUCUCUUGAGCUUCAGCCAGGACAUAGGCCAUGUCUGCAAGUUAUGUCAUGGUGGUUCUGUUAUCUGUCCUUUUCUAUCCUAUAUAUUUUGUCAGUCUCCAGCCUUGUAACUUAGAAGCUUUCAGUAGCACUAAAUGAUUUAUAAGAUAUAAAAAGAUCUAUGAACAUCUAUUUUUUUUAUUUAAGGCAUGAGAUAGGUAUUUGGUAUGCAACAGCUAUUUAAAUGUUGUAUUUAUUCAUUGUUAAUGACUUGAGGCACAAACUCCCUAUUUUUACUAGAUGAUACAUUUUGAGAUUCUUGGAGUGCUAAAUCUUGUAACUGUCUGUUCAGAGUAACUUUGGGUAACAUUUGUAUGUUAACAUCAAAAUUAUAAUGCUGUGAAAACUUAAUCUUGAUUUGGUAUUUGAUACAGCUCUUAGAUUUUUUUUUUUUUGCAGUAUUGUUCUUUUUAUUUAAAAAAAAAGAAAAAAAAAAAGAACUUUGAAACAUUCAAAUCUGGAAGGUCCUCAUCCUCCUUAGUGAGAUGUAAAGCACUUCUCUGUAAAUUGACAAGUGUUAAUUUGUGCGGGAACCCCAUGUAUUUCAAACGGCAGUCACA